UUUAUUACAACAGUAUUUGUUGUUUCCGUGAAGUACCACGUGCAUUGCGAUCAAAUUUAGCAAAUUUCGCAAAAAACCUCAAUCAUGGGAAAAACGAAACAAGAACCUGUAGAACAGGAAGAUCAAAAGGAUAUCAGCAUUAAAACAGAAGCCUUAAGUUAUGAUGAUAAAGUGGAUUAUUGCAGUAUAAUCGCCAAGCCGAUGGCUUCAAAGAAAUUAAGCAAAAAGAUUUACAAACUUAUUAAGAAGUCUAGUAGUCAUAAAAAUUAUAUUAGGAAUGGUCUCAAGAUCGUUCAAAAACAGCUACGUUUAGGUGAAAAGGGAAUGGUGUUCUUUGCGGGUGACAUAUCACCAAUAGAAAUAAUGUGUCACUUACCUGCUGUAUGUGAGGAUAAAGAUGUUCCUUACUGUUACACACCAAGCAGAAAAGAUAUUGGAGCUGCCAUGGGUACUAUGAGAGGGUGCAUAAUGGUUCUUGUUAAAGAACAUGAUGAUUAUAAAGAACUGUAUGAUGAAGUUCGUAGUGAGAUAAAGUUAUUGGGACAUCCUUUAUAAAAUAGAGUAGUAGGUAUAGGUGUAUACAUUUAAUUUUAAGAUAUUAUAACUUGUCAGCUCCGUGACUAUUUUUUAUUAAAUACAGACUUCAGUUGCU